CAUGAAUAAUCAAAUGAAUACCACGGUUCGAAAAAUACAUAAUCUGCUCUCAAGCGGAGCAGUGACAGUGACUGGUCCAAAUCAGCCACGAAUUUUAAAGCAGAAAAUUGUUGGCUCUGGUGCCGGUACAACCGUUGUCUCUUCGGGCUUAAACAAUAGUCUCCAACAGCAACAACAAAUUGUUACAUCUAGUAAUCGCUGCUAUGUAUGCGAUGAUGCCUUGGGCGCCAAUCAGGCUCAACACCCCCUAACCGAUAUGCAGACAACGCAUACAUCAACAAAAUUUCCCAAUAAAAUUGGUCAAUUGGUCGGCGAUGCAUUUAUGGUCAUUGUUAGCGUUGAAGAUGUCGUCUGUUCGCGGUGUACCAAUCUUAUCAAUUAUUUGGAUCGCCUGGAGAACGAUGUGGAACGUGUGAAGACAAAUCUAAUGAAUUUAUUGCACAAGAAAUAUGGUCUAAAUGAUGAUAGUGGCGGUGGAGCUGGGAACACCGUUACCGGUGGUGGUUCAACGGUGACAGUAGGUGGCACGCCAAAUAAUAUUGCCGCCCAACAGACACCACCACCAAAUAAAUUGCAAAAAUUGAAUAGUGGGGCUGCAGGUAAGUCUCACGAAUACUCAUUGUCGUUAAUGAUUGAAAGGGUUAGUGCCGUACAACAAAUGAAAAUCUCCACACCCUCACCCACAUCCAUACAACAACAUUCGGCUGGCACACAAACUCUACAACGCAAAACCACCAAAAUAUACAAGUGCUUGUCUUGCGAAUACAAAACCUCAGAUAUGCGACUCUUCAACACCCAUUACGAGACAUGCAAACAUCAGAAUUUCCAAUGCAAAAACUGCAAAAAGAUCUUCCCCAAUUUCGGCGCCAUGAAACAGCACAUGGUGCGUGAGCACAACACCCCCAUGGACAACACUUGUGCCGUAUGCCACAUUAACUUCGUGAGUGAGACGGCUCUGCGAAAGCACAUGGAAAUUAAUCACAGCACCAAUGUUGUGGUUACAAGUACAACAACACUGCCAGUGUCACAGGUGGCUGCUGCACCAGCUGCAGAUUCCAUAACGGCAGCUGUAAAUGCGGCCAGUGGUGGUACAACGACCGCUCUAUACACCUGUAAUCACUGUCAAUUCAAGUCCACAGAUAAGGUACUGUUCGAUGAGCACAUGCGCAAGCACAUGGCCGGCAUAAAAUCCAAACCCUUCAAGUGUCGUCUGUGUGCUCAACGCUUUGAGACACGGGAGGCAGCCACUACUCACGCCAAACAACAUCAAGGAAAUGUUUUCAAGUGUGGCACAUGUUCAAUGUCCUUCCCCAAGCGUGACAUGUUGGUGAAACACUUCGAGGAACAUCAGCACCAGCAACACCAACAACAGCAGGUUCAAGUGCAACAGCAGCAACAAAUGAUAAGCAUUAAACAACAACCGACCCAAUCACAGAACUUGUUGACCACGCAGAAAUUGUUGCAAGAAACAAUUGAUGAAGCCCUCAGUGACAGCACAACACCCGUCACCACAUCCGCAGCCAGCGAUGUCACCGCAAAUGCCGCAAACAACAUACGCUUCUUCUCGUGCCACAUUUGCUCGUUAACAUUCAUCCAAGAGAACUACUACAACCAGCACAUGGAGACGCAUAGGCGUGGUGAUUCAUCGAGUGGCAUCCACAAAAAAUCCUCAUCUGGUGGAAAUAAUCUAUCUACCCUCAAUGCUGCUGCUCUUCUCAGCGAAGCUGCCCAGCAAGAACACAAUGAAAUGUCACAUCAUAGCCAAGAUUUGAAUAUUCACCACCAACAGCAACAGAUUUCCUCCAUGCCUGGUGGCGGUGGAGGUGCCACCAUUUCGGAGGCAGACAUUGAAAGCAUUUUUGAGAAAAUGCAUUCGGACAAGGGUGACAACGGUGGCAAUGUUACCACCACAGCAUCAGGUUCAGGAUCAGGCGAUCAAGUCGUAAUAACCUCCCAGGCAGGCAGUGGAGGUGGUAUCACCUUCAACAUUACAUUGCCUGGACAGGAGUCAGCAGCUGUUACCACAAGUGUGGAAGAUCAAUUGAAAAAUACCCCCACUACAACCACAGCACCAGUAUCCGUGAGCAUAGAUAUGCCAAUGUUGGACCAACCAGAUGAGACAACACAUUCGGCAGGCACGCCCACAGGUACAUCUGAUCACCUCAAAGACACUGACGGCGAUAGCAACAAACCGCCAACGGCAAGUGGGCCAGUUAGUAUGCCUAGCUUAGAUGAUGACAAUGAAGAGCCUCCAGCAAAUCCACCAGCCACCACAGCGGCCACAGAAACAACGACAACAACUACUACGUCGUCUAGUGAGGGCCACGAAGAUUCUUCCAAAUUAAAUGAAACUGCAAAACAAAAUACCGAUGACACAACAAAACCCGCCACGGAAGGUGAAGACCAUAAGGGAGAAUCCGAGCCCAAUGCCGUUUCCGCUGCUGGUGGUUCAGAUGAGAAUACAUCAGUCAGUGGAGAACAACAAACAUCCACAGAAACACCAACAACGGCGACAGCGGAAGAUUCACAAGAAUCUACAGCUGCUGCAACAUCAGCAACAGCUAGUGUUGGAGAUGAACAUCAUGCGGAGCAACAACAGGCUGAUACUACAUCCGCAUCAGCUGCAGAAGAAGCCGCUUCUGCUGCUGAGCAGCAGCAACAACAUCAGCAGCAGGCACAUGAACAACAACUGGCCGCUGAAGCAGCAGCUGCUGCUGCCGCCGAAGGGGCUGGCGGUGAACAGCAUGUUGCAAUGGAAUUGGAUGAGGCAUCUAUGCAAGCUCAAGUCGAUGGUGGACAAAUUAAAUUUAUCCUUAACGAAAGUGGUCAAUUGUUACAACUCGAUAAUCACAUUAUUACCGAUGCUGAUGGUAAUCAAAUUUUGGUUCAGGAUCCAGAACAAAUUCAACAACUCUUACAAUCGGUUGGUGUUUUACAAUCUGGCGAAGGUCUCGAUGGUGAAACAUUGCAAAUGAUGACCGAUGGCAAUGGACAAAUGGUCUUGGUACAGGGCGAAAAUAAUGAAACCCAGUUAAUAGAUGCCUCUCUGCUCAAUUCCGAAGGCCAAUUGGUUAUUCAACAAUCACAGGAUGGUGAGGGUGGAGCGCAUGUCAUUGGCGAGGAUGGUACACGUAUACCCGUGUCCGUAUCCUAUACCGAAGAUGGUCAACCCAUUGUACAAGUACAGCAACAAGUUUUAGAAGCUGCCAGUGCGGGUAGUGAGGCUGGUAUGGAAAAAGACGCCGCUGAAGGAUUCAUUGAAAUGUUCGUUGGAGUUUGA